AUGGAUAUCCAGGAGACUCAGCGUCUCCUUUCGGAGUACCUCCAUGAACUCGCCGACCUCUUCCAUCGUCUACCCGGUUCAGCGAUCUUUCUACGUUAUGUGAAGUCUAGUUACCAGAACGACCCGAUCCGCUCGGCUGUCGAACUCUUUCUCUUCUUGUUUGCGGUCCGCUACCUUCUCGCUCCGAAGUAUUCGACUAAACCGGGUGUGGUUCAACUUUCGGAGGAUGAGGUUGAUGAUUUGGUGGAUGAGUGGACUCCGGAGCCGUUGGUGGGAAAGCCUACUCCACUGGAGGCGAUGGAGGUUGAUAAGCGGACGGUCAUUGUUGGCCCAGUUGGACCCAAGUCUAAGUUGAGCAACGGUCGGACGGUCGCCAAUCUCGGUUCCUAUAACUACUACAACUUUAACACGAACGAGUCGCUCAAGGAGAAGGCUAUCCAGACUUUGCGAAACUACGGUGUUGGUCCUUGCGGUCCCCGCGGCUUCUAUGGUACUCAGGAUGUUCAUAUGAAGACGGAGGCUGAUGUUGCCUCUUAUCUCGGUACUGAUGCCUGCAUCAUUUAUGCGCAAGCCUUUUCGACAAUCUCCAGUGUCAUUCCUGCGUUCUCAAAGCGUGGUGAUAUCAUUGUUGCGGACAAAGGUGUUAGCUUCGCUAUUCGCAAGGGUAUCCAGAUCUCUCGCAGCAUUGUUCGCUGGUAUGAGCAUAAUGAUAUGGAAGACUUGGAGAGAGUCCUUGCAAAGGUUACCAAGGAACAAGCUAGGAAGCCUCUUACUAGGCGGUUCAUUAUCACCGAAGGUCUGUUUGAAUCUUACGGCGACAUGGUGAAUUUGCCUAAGAUUAUCGAGCUCAAACUCAAGUACAAGUUCCGUCUGAUCCUCGAUGAGACUUGGUCUUUUGGUGUUCUUGGGCGAACUGGCCGUGGUGUGACUGAGCACCAGAAUGUCGAUGCGGCGGAAGUUGAUAUGAUUGUGGGCUCGCUGGCCGGCCCACUGAUUGCAGGAGGUGGCUUCUGUGCUGGCUCGGAAGAGAUCGUCCAUCAUCAGCGUAUCUCGGCUGCUGCUUAUACUUUCUCUGCGGCACUUCCCGCUCUUUUGUCUACCACUGCUAGUGCUACGAUCAACCUUCUCCAGAACAGCCCCGAGACUGUGACGCAGCUGCGGGAGCAUACCAAGGCCAUGUGGGCCCAGUUGGACCCUCGCAGUGAUUGGGUAUAUUGCACCAGUUCCCCCGAGAACCCUAUGAUGAUUCUGGUCCUCAAGCCAGAGGUGGUUGCUGCGAAGAAGCUGUCCCUGGACGACCAACAAUUCUUGCUCCAAGAUAUUGUUGACGAGUGUCUCGCGAACGGUGUUCUCAUUAGUCGCCUGAAGACUCUCCAGGAUAACUUCGAGCCGAAGCAGAUUGUUCCUCCUGCCUUGAAGGUUUGCGUGACAAUCGGAUUGACGAGAAAGGAGAUUGAAAAGGCGGGAACGACCAUCCGCCACGCGAUUACGAAAGUUCUAAGCAAGAGGAAGUAA